AUGGAGAUACUCGGAAAAACCGUUGCUAACAUAGAUGCUAUAGAUGAAAAUGGUCGCACGGCAUUACACAGAGCUGUUGAAUCUAACGAUGUUAGUGUAGUUCAGGAACUCAUUGAGAGUGGGGCUACAAUAGAUGUUCAUGAUAAUCAACAAUGCACUCCUUUGGAUCUUGCAACAUCUUUGGGAUAUAUUCCGAUAAUGAAAACUCUUAUUCAGGCAAAUGCAGAUAUGCAUAAUAAUCAUACUUUUGGCAAUAUAGGUGCUCAUGAUGCAGCAAUCGAUGGGGAACGUGAUGUCAUCACAGUUCUGUUAGAGUCAGGGUUUGAUGUAAACUGCAAAAAUAAAAACGGAAGUACAAUGCUUCAUUUAGCAGCUGGGAAUGGGCACAGAGAAUUAGUGCAACUUUUGAUCAGUAAAGGGGCAAAUGUCAAUGAUAAAAGCAACAAAGGUGGCACAGCAUUACAUUACGCUGUUGAAUCUAACGAUGUUAGUGUAGUUCAGGAACUAAUUGAGAGUGGGGCUACAGUAGAUGUUCAUGACAGUAGACAAUUCACUCCUUUGCAACAUGCAACAUCUUUGGGAUAUAUUCCUAUAAUGAAAACUCUUAUUCAAGCAAAUGCAGAUAUGCAUAAUAUCCAUACUUGUGGCAAUAUGGGUGCUCAUGUGGCAGCAUUGGGUGGGAAAUGUGAUGUCAUCACAAUUCUUUUAGAGUCGGGGUUUGAUGUAAACUGCAAAAAUAAAAAAGGAAAUACAAUGCUUCAUUGCGCGGCUUUAAAAGGUCACAGAGAAUUAGUGCAACUCUUGAUCAGUAAAGGGGCAAAUGUCAAUGACAAAGGCAACAUGGGUCGCACACCAAUACACAGAGCUGUUGAAUCUAAUGAUGUUAGCAUAGUUCAGGAACUCAUUGAGAGUGGGGCUACAGUAGAUGUUCAUGACACUCAACAAUGCACUCCUUUGCAUCUUGCAGCAUAUUGGGGAUAUAUUCCAAUAAUGAAAACUCUUAUUCAAGCACAUACUGAUAUUUAUAGUACUGACAUAUGUGGCGAAAUGGUUGCUCAUGUUGCAACUAAAUACGGGAAAAAAGAUGCUUUAGAGUAUCUUUUAGGAUUAGGCUUUGAUGUAAAAUGCAAAACCAAAAAAGGAAACACAAUGCUUAAUUUAGCCGCUUCGAAAGGUCACAGAGAAUUAGUGCAACUCUUGAUCAGCAAAGGAGCAAAUAUAAAUGACCAAGGCUGUUUUGGUUACACAGCAUUACAUUCAGCUGUUCAGUCUAACCAUGUUAGUUUAGUUCAAUACCUCAUUGAGCUUGGAGCUGAGGUAGAUGCUGAAAACUGUGUGCUUCAAACUCCUUUGCAUAUUGCAGCAAUGAUGGGGCAUAUGCCCCCACUGAAAACACUUAUUCAAGAAAAUGCUUAUAUUUAUAGAAACGAUAUGUGGGCUAGUACAUGUGCUCAUGAUGCUGCCCUUAAAGGGAGAUGUGAUGUUAUAGAGAAUAUGAUAAGGUCGGGAUUAAAUGUAAACUACCCAACCAAAAUGGGAAUUACAUUGCUUCAAUUAGCGGCUUAUAAAGGUCACCUUGAAUUGGUGAAACUCUUAAUCAGUAAAGGGGCAACUGUGAAUGACAAUGACAAAUAUGGUUAUACGGCAUUAGAUGCAGCUGAAGAAUCAAACAAUGAGAGUAUAGUUCAAUACCUCACCAAAUCUGGGGCUACAGCAGAUGAUCAUGAGAAUAAACCACCCGCUAAGCAUCUUGCGGCAUUAACAGGAGACUUUGUAGUAUUGCAAUCACUCAAACAGGAUAAUACUGAUAUAUAUAAUUUAGCAAAUUAUGGAGAUAUGGGAUCUCAUGCAGCAACUAUUCACGGGAUAUAUAAGACAAUUGAGUUUAUGUUAGAGUCUGGGAUUGAUGUAAACUGCAAAACUAAAGAAGGAGAUACAAUGCUUCAUUUAGCAGCUUGGAAAGGUCAUAGAGAAUUAGUGAAACUCUUGAUCAGUAAAGGGUGGGGCAAAUGUCAAUGA